AGCGAUACUCUGCGGCCAUCCGAGCGUUGCAGACCAGCAACAUGCACCUGGAAAGCAAACUGAACGCGUUACGCUCCAACGCCAUGCGACUGAAUGCCGACAUGACGAAGCUUCAGCAGCACGUGAAAGCCUUCAACAAGGAUCUUCUGGUGACCUGGCAGGCCGACACGCUGACCCGGCUGGUCGAAGUGGUCUACGAACGACAAGGCUGGAAGUUGCCCGGUGGUGUUGUUGUCGGCGAUCACGUCCACCUCGACCGCGAGAGACUGUCGGGGAUGUUCACCACCGCUGCAGGGAGAAUCCGAAAGAUGACGCUGAAGAAAAAGAUGGGGCUCCCGGGGGUAUACUACGCGGCUCUACAGAGAUACAAGGAAGUUGCCCACCUGCGCAGUACGGACCCGUUCCAGACGGAGUGCGCCUUUGCUCGCUGGCUAGUAUCGGGAAAGGAGAAUCACUGGGGGCUGUAUCGGUUCUGGGGCGCCCUGUUCCCCGUGUGCUAUAAUCGGUCGGUGGAGGAGAGCGCCGAGAUAUUCUGAUAUUAUUCCUGUGGCUAAAAGAAGCCUCCUUUGAUUUCAGGGUUCUGAUUUCUGGUCGUUGAGUCUCCAGGAUAGAUAGCAUUG